GAGAUGAACCAUCUCUUGCUUUAGGAAGCUGGCAUGUGGCUCUGUGGGGGACACACACCACACCACUGCCUCUUUCAAAAUUAAUUGAUUUGUUACAAAAAUAUUUUAAAAAAGCUUUCUUGAGUGUAAUCUGUGAGCAAAGGGCCCAUAAUUUCUCAAUCAAGCUUUAAUUUUUAAUUUAUUUAUUUUUCUGGAUGGGGGAGGAGGGGUCAUUUCACUCACUGUUUAAACCCUGUGUUUUUCUUUUUCUUCUUCUCCUCCUCACCCAUUUUUCUUUUUCUUAGGUAGAGAAAGUAGACAAGCAGCAGAAGCAAAAGAAGCCUCUUUUUGUAGGUGUGAUUGUUUGGAAGGAUGCCAAGGCCAGGCCCAAGACCCUUUGAGUGUGUGAGAAGAGCUUGGCAUAGUGAUAGGCACCACCCCAUUAGGGGUUCACUAAUUCAAGAAGUUUUCAGGAUUGUGAAUGAGGUCCAUUGCUCAGCUACUAGGAAGAACAGAGAGUGGCAAGAGAAACUCCCCAUUGUUGUGUUGAAAGCUGAAGAAAUCAUGUAUUGUAAAGCAAACUCUGUGGCUGAGUAUUCUAAUCUUGAAACACUUUGGGAAAGAGUGAAUGAUGCGAUUGAUAUCAUAAUCCGAAGGGAUGAGAGCUCUGAAACUGGGGAAUUCUUGCAGCCUUGUAUUGAAGCUGCAUUGCAUUUGGGUUGCACUCCUUGGAGAUCAUCGAGAAGCCAACGCAACGAUCUGCCUAGAUGUUACCUUAGGCCAGAAAAUGUAGAGGGUGCCUUUGUUGCUGACAGCAAUUUGAACUCCGAAAUUUAUGGGAGUCUUGCUAAGAUUAGCCCCCUCAUCCUCCAUUGCCCACAGUUCUCGACAUUCGACACCAAGAAUCCCUUACCUUCGUGCAUCAAGGCUCACGAUCGUGGUUUUCAGACAAGAAAUCCUGGUCAUGUCAAGAAAUUUGUCAUGCUGCCGAACAAUUGUGGUCCAAGUGAUAACCAUCAUGCAUCGGGAGAAACUUCUACCUCAACGAACCUAUGGCAUGUGUUUCCUUUGCACUAUAGUGAUCAUCUUCAACCUGAUGGCUCGAACUCAGCUUCAUUUCCGAAUCCCCAGCUUAUGGAGAGUGGUGAAAUUGGUCCCCAACGAAGUUUCCCCACCUUAAAGCUUGAUGCUUUGAACGCUCGUUGUCCAUCCAAUUGUGAACUUGCUUCAGAAAAAGAGCAGGAGGUCGACUGUGACCUAACAUUGCGGCUAGGUUCUUUAGUAGUUCCUCGUGCUAGUAUUGAGAAUAGUGGGUCCCUACAAGUGGAAGAUGGCAAAUUCAAGAGCCAUCUCAACGAAUGAACCGCAAUCUUUCGAUCGGGCUUGUUUUGAUGAGAAUAAUAUGCUGACGUUAGAGAUGACUACGAGUAUAAAUUACAAGGAUACAGCAGGAAUGGCAGUUACUAUCAGCAGGUGCAGCUCUGUUCGUGGCAGGAAAGAGAGCAUGCUCAAAAGCGGAUGAUGAUCUCCGAUGCUUUUGUAAUUAGAAAUCUGCUUUUAUAAGGUACAUUCUAGGUUAAUUAGUUUGUGUAUCGAAUAUGUGAAUUACUAGUUCGUGUGUAUCCGUAGAGAGGGAUUAACUCAGAUGAAGUUCUAGGAUUCGUCAGCAGACAUAGAAUAGCUCGAAUAUUUCCCUAAAAACUCAAUGUGUAAUUUAGAUGACUAAUGAACUGCAGAAGCAACUAUAGUUCUUUGCUUUGCUUUGAAUGGACAUCUUUAUAAGCAAGCUGCAAGAAGAGGCUAACGACAUUCCAUUCGUUUCACUACCGGCGUUUGGCCGACAGUAUAUAUUGGGAUGAAGCUUCGGGAUAGUGUGUCCCUCCUACAUCUAAAAAAAGUAUAGUUAGUUUAAGUUCUGCAUUAUGCUUUAUUAGGUUGGAAGGUGAUAAAGUGGAUUUUGAAAGAAUGGAUAGCAUUUUCAUUACCCUUACUUUUAUUUAUAUGAGUGUUUUUAAAUCAUGCUUUCGUUUCUUGUUUCGAUUGUGCUGAUACAAGUGGAUACAUUGUGGGCCUAAUAUGUCCGCAAAAUUUGCUUGAACAAUCAUUUCUCUGUUUAUCGUUUUAAUCUUUAGACCCAUCGCUCCACUUGGAUGUUCUCGGAGGGACUCAACAACCCUAUCCGAAAUUUGUUAAUAUUUUGUCAGAAAUUGUAUCUGAGAAGCAAGUGGGAUAGUCUAUCUCCAAUAUACACCACUAGAGAAAAAAGUAGACAUAGCAAUAUAAAUUAUUUGAGAUAGUUAAAGUUUUUCACUUUGUCUGAAGUAUUUGAGUUUGUAGGUCCCUACAUUCCUUGAGCAUCUUUCUUUAUUGCUAGUGACAGCUCCAUUUCUAUCGAUGUCGAUUGAACAAAUCAUCUUCAAACUUUUAAGACAGGAACCCUUUAUUACUUUCUUGAUUGUGUAGUAUUUUUGACAUUUUAUUGGUGAAACAUUGAUUUACAGUUCAAUCGGACGAAGGAGAAGAUGCCGAUGUGGUUAGGGAAGAAAGGGGAGAUGAUGUUGAGGAGGAGGAGGAGGAUGAGGCCAAGCAGCUGUAGUUGAACUCUAUCUGCAGCCGUUGAUGGAGGCAGAAGUAAGAGACGGCGCUCUUCUUCUCUUCCUCUUCGAGCUCCUUCAACGGUAUGGCUGCGAGAAAUCUUUUUAUAAAUUCUCUGCAACAUUCUUUCCCACUGCAUAUCACCUCGUCGUCCCCUUCGGCUUCGUGUUUCUGCGUCAUCACGGCCUUGUCGUCGAACCUUAUCAUGUACGCUUGGUUGCACCCCUCGUGGAGCCUCUCCCCCAGCGUGUCGAUGAUGUAGUACGCGUCUGCCUCGGCUUUCAUCACGAAGAAAUGGUCGUUCCAGCUCACUAUGUACACCCUCGGCCUGUCCCCACCGCCGCCGCCGCCGCCGCCGCGGCUGAUCUCGUCCCAUAUGUCGUCGAACGACAUGGCCCCCUUGAGCGAGUCGAACGCCUCGGCCCCGAAGAACCCGACGAACGACUCGUCGUGGGAGAUCGAGACGGGCCGGGGCCGGAUGUCGGCCCUCAGGACCGUCUCGAGGUCGAAGUGCUUGUUGGGGAAGUCGUUGACGUAGGCGGCGUCGUCGCACAGCUUCCGCCACUCCGAGGAGCCCUGCAUUAUGAGGUCGUCGAGCUCCGACCGCCCCGGCAUGGCGCCCGCGUUCGAGUGGAGCCAGUGGGAGAUCACGGCCACCAGCGCCGUGCAGGCGCUCGCCCCGGCCGCCUUGUCGCUCCGUUGGUCGAACGACGCGAAGAAAAACGGAGCCUUGAGCUUCGCUCGGCCAUCUCUGCUCAUCACCUCCUUGUCUUCCCACAGACAAGCUGCCUUGUCUUGGUACGCUGUUUCUGAACUCGAAUCAUCUCUCUGUAAGAAGAUACAACUAAAAUGCUUCAAUAAUAGAUUAAAAUAAAUCAAGUAAAUACUUUUUCUUGCUGUU